UCGGAAUUGGCGGGUCGCAAAAUCUUUUGUCUGGCCGAGUAACGAGUCUAUUUCUGCAAAACCUUUUCUUAAAAGCAUUUCAAACGUCCUGCGGUGCAUUCUUAAAAAAUAAAAAUAAAUAAAAAUCUCAUAAAUUAGCACUCAUUUGGGGGUGUUGUUGCGCCGUUAUUUUAUUCAUCCAAAGCUCUUUUGACGUUGACAAGGAACCAGAAGGUUCCGCAGACUCUUCCCCGACGAGUAUGAGCCAGCCAACAGACAACACUAGUGAUGCUGCCGCUGUCACCCCAGAACCUGCACCGGCAACUGCCAAACUGGCAUCCACCGGAGGAAAGAAGCAGACCAAGAAGAAGGUGGAGGAGGUGGUAGAAGAGGAAGAGGAAGAAUAUGUGGUGGAGAAAGUUCUGGAUCGACGGGUGGUGAAGGGUCGAGUCGAGUACCUGCUCAAAUGGAAGGGCUUCACAGAUGAUGCUUCUAAUGUCCCAAUUAGUGAGGACAACACAUGGGAGCCUGAAGAUAAUCUUGACUGCCCAGACCUAAUAGCAGAGUUCCUGCAGUCACAGAAGAAGGCUGGAGAUGAGAAAAAAGAUGUGGGUGGCAAGAGGAAAGUGGGAGAGUCCGAUAAUGAGACUGGCAGUGAAGACAGGCCUAAGAAGAGGAAAGACGAGGAGAAGCCACGGGGUUUUGCUCGGGGAUUGGAUCCUGAACGCAUUAUUGGAGCCACAGAUUCCAGCGGAGAGCUGAUGUUCCUCAUGAAGUGGAAAAAUUCAGAUGAGGCAGACCUUGUGCCAGCAAAGGAAGCAAACGUGAAGUGCCCACAAGUAGUUAUUUCAUUCUAUGAGGAACGGCUAACGUGGCACUCCUACCCCAAUGAGGAAGAGGAGAAGAAGGAUGACAAAAGCUAAACAUUAGGCAGAAAUGAGCAACAUGGUGGUUAUUGACAGAGUGGCAGUUGGUUUGCUUUUUUUUUUUUUUUUUUAAACUUUUUAACUUUUUGCCAUUAAUCUUGGACACUUGGAUAUUGUGUAGAACACACAUACAGUGGUGGGGUUUUCUGGAGUUUAAAUAUUAAAGAGUCUGUAUAGCAACUGCAGAAACAAUUCUCCAUUUGAUCCAUCUCCUUUUUUUUGUUGGAUUAUGGGAAAGGUAGUCUACUAAGCUGCAAGAUGGUCCUAAGUCAGUGUUUGUCUCAAAUGGUUUUAUGUGAGUACACUUUUGCAGCUGUGAUGUAUUGUGAUUAUGUGAAGCAUAGACACCAGUAUUUUUAAAGCAACAAUAAACAAAAAAUUCAGUAAUAUUCUUCCUUUUUAAAUUUCAUUUUAAUAUUUAGAUUCACAGACUUUUCUAUACAACACUUUUCUCUGUCCAGCUCCUCACAUAGCCCUGGCUUAUCAUUUCCCCCAUUAUAUUAUCAAAAGUCUCUGGAGGACUUUGAUUUAACAUUGAACACCUUUUACUGUAUUUUUAACAUGGAUGGCCAGUAUUUGUUGGUACUUAUAGUUUUUCUUUUUUGGUUUAGUUUUUUAAAUAUCUGUUCAGGCGCUGUUUAAUACUGAUUGUCAAAUGCUCAGAUUUAGUCUUAAUAUUACAGCAAGUUUAUGAUCUUAUUUCCUGCAUUCAGCAAUAUAACAGCUGCUCCAUGAGAUUGGUGUGCUUAUGGUUGUUCUUGCUACUGUAAGUGCAACAAGAAGAAUUGAACAGUAUCAAACAGAUGUAGCCAAGUCAUUCAGAGAAUGUAAAUACCACAUAAUGUUUAACCAAAGCCUAAUACCUUGUAAGGUUAAAAAGAACAGAUUUUCAGGUCUGUUGCCUUUCACUUUCCUCUUCUCAGUCAGCAGUGUUUAGCUGCUGUAGCGUUUAUUCCCCCUCUUCUUUUAAACACCAUUAUUAAAUGAAGGCAUGUUGCUUCAUACCAUAGUGUGUAAAUGGAUAAUACUGUGCAUGGCUGCAGCAUUAUUUAACAAUAUGGGAACUGGAAUUCAUGUUUUAAAAAUUUGCUCUGGGUGGGAAGUGGGGUUAUUGGGAGAUAGUAAACAUUCUCAUUUCUCUGGGUGUGCUUUUCAAUUCCUGCAUGUGCUGUACUCUGGGAAUUGUAUUAACUGAAUGAAACAUGUUUAGAAGGCUGUUUGGUAGCUCAGGAUGCAAUGGAAUUUAAUUAUGUUUAAAUCAAUACAUGACAACAUUGAAACUACCUUGACUUCUACAACCUCUCGCUUAGCUUUGGAAGCUACUUUUCCUAUAAUCUAAUCAUGUGGCUUUUUUGUUUAGUGGUUAGAGAUUUUGCACCUGGCCAUUUUACAUUUAAAUAGAUGGAUGCAGUGGGAUGGCUUAAUAUCUGUAUAAAAAUGCUGAGAGAAAGCAGGUGAUCAAGUUGUCCACUGUAAUGGAACAUGUACUAUGCUUGUUAAAACAGAACCAUACUGAUUUAACUGCAUGAUUAUCCAAGGCUCGUGUGGAUCAGACUAGUGGUGACACAUGUAGCUUCUGAAAAACUGGUGUUUAUCUUAAAUAAAUAAAAAUUGGUUCCAGUGUUCAGGGGAAACAAGAGUCAGAAUAGCAUCCCACUAGUUAAAAAUGCCACAUGGUCUCAGUCAGUUAGUGACUAGAGUGCACAUUCAAUAUUAGUGUUAUGAGUUGUUGUUUUUUCUUUACUUUUUAAAACGUUCCCGUUCAGUGUCCUUUCAUUCACUGUUAUUGUAAAUUCCUCUGUAUUUUCCCCCUUUUAGAUGUUUAUUACAUGUCAACAUACUUGCCAUCUUUUGGUUUCUUUUCCUUUUUAAAUAAAUCCUUUUUAUUAAGA